AUGUCUGCUGAAGCUUCUGCUCGCCUGCCAGGCCCCGGCUCAGCCCCGCCGCCGCCAUCCGCCUCCCAAGGCCGGCCUCCCCAACACUCACCUCCGGCUGUUGACCCUUCGGUGAUCAAACUCACCCGGGGCACUAGCUGUGUCUUGUGCCAGCAGCGCAAGGUCCGGUGCGACAGGAACAAGCCAUGUGCCAACUGCGUCAAGGCUGGUGCCGAAUGUCGAGUGAUUCCUCCGCAGCCUCCGAGGCGGCGGCGCAAAAAGCUGCAGGAAAAGGACUUGCUCGAGCGGUUACGCAAGUAUGAGACGCUGCUGGCACAGAACGGCGUCAAAUUUGAUGCCAUCGACCCGGACUACAGGGCAGACGGCAACCUCGGAGACGAUGUUGACGAGCUUGAAACCGACUUUGAGGGGUUAAAGACCUCUCCAGAAGCACUUGCUACCUCUUCUACUGUCGCAGCCAGCGAACAGCUGUUGAAAGACUCAUCCGAAGAUGAGGAUGAGAAUUUCAAGAAGGGGUCUUUCAUUCAUUCUGCCUUUGAUAAGAUGUUUGAAAACCAAGAUGGCUUCCCUUUCAUCAUCGGAGGCUCCUUUGCCCCCGUCACUCACAACCACCCUUCUCCUGUCCAGGUGCUACAGCUUUGGCAGAUAUACAUUGACAACAUCAACCCCUUGCUGAAAAUCACGCAUGUGCCUAGCAUCCAGAGCAAGAUCAUCGAGGCGACCUCUCGGCCUCACGAGGCUUCGAAGAAUAUAGAGGCCCUCAUGUUUGGCAUCUACGUAAUCUCUAUAAACUCGAUAGAGGAUGCUGAAAUCCAGAGGAUUUUUGGCGAGACAAAGCAGGAACUUCUUGGCCGGUAUUUCCCGGCACUUCAGCAGGCCCUGGUUAACGCCAGUUUUAUGCGGAUUCCCGAUCCCUUGACCCUGCAGGCGUAUCUCUUAUAUCUUAUGACCGUCCGGUGGUACAUAGACCCGAGGCAGGUGUUUUGCAUGAUGGGCAUUGCCAUUCGUAUCGCCCAGCGGAUGGGCCUUCACCGAGACCCCGACGGCUACGGCCUCUCCCCUUUCGAGGUCGAGCAGAGGCGGCGAUUGUGGUGGACGCUUGUUUCAUAUGACCGGCGAGUCGGAGAGAUGACGGGCUCAACAGUCACCGCCCUCACCUCAGGCUGCGACUGCAAGAAGCCUUUGAACGUCAAUGAUUCUGACCUCCACGCCGAUGGCAAAGAGCCUCCGAAGCCGCACACAGGACCAACAGAGAUGCUUUUUGCUCUGACACGCGUCGAGCUUUCCAUGGCCGUGGCGAGUAACAGCAAUCGAGACAGCUUCAAGAUGAACCCGGAGAUUUCCGCUGGCUCGCCACAAUCAGGGAAAUCCGCACAAGCAGGGAAGCCACCCGCCGUGACGAUCCGCCUAGCUGGCCAAGAUGCUCCAGUCUACACUCUUGAAGGAUUCUGUGCCCACAUGGAGGGCACGUACCUGACCCAUUGCGAUCCCAAGAUUCCUCUCCACUUCUUUACCAUGACUAUGACGCGAGCGGCGCUCUGCAAGAUGCGAAUAAUCAAUUAUCUUGUUCGGAGACAUAGCGCCGAACCUAUGCCGCUAAGUGAGAUAGAACGAGACGUCCUGACUACGCAGGCCAUAUCAUGGGUAGAACAUGAUAACGUAGUCAUGUCCUCGGAGAGUCUUCGACCGUAUAGAUGGUACGCGAUGCACUAUUUCCCGUUUCCUGCAUACAUGUUCCUUGUCCAGGAACUGCGCAAGCGCCAGUCGGGACCGCUGGUAGAGAGAGCGUGGGCGGCCAUCGAGGCGAACUAUGACCUUCGUGGUUUACUAUCCAAUCUUCACAGCCCGAUGCACGGAGUUUUCGGUGGCCAAUUCGUCAAGGCUUGGGCGGUCCAUUACGACGCCCAGCGGGCAGCAGGGAAGGAUGUUGCAACACCGCGAUUUAUGAAGACUCUUCAAGAGCGCGUCGAGGCCAAGCGAAAGGCGCGCUCGGAGGGUCCCACUGGGCCCGUCCAGGAGCAGCCGCCGGUUGCCUUUCCUCGACCGCGUACCCGUGAGAUGUCGACAACCUCGCUAGACAACGCCGUCAUGAUGACUCCGCCAGUGGACCAGAGCGGCGGGUUUGGCCCCCCUCAGCCGGCCAUGGCUCCUUCUAGUUCGGCGUCUGGAGAUGACGGGGAGAUGGAUUGGUCAUUCCUCAUGGCUGGCUAUCAGGAUGCCGACACGUUCCAAGGCUUCACGACGCCUAAUCACGCAGGCUUCGGGAACGGCAUGAGCGGAUUCGGCGGGCCAGGAGGGCCAGGAGGACCGGGAGGAAACAUGUUUGGAAACUAG